AUGGAGUUAACGGACCCCCACCAGGGAUCAUCUCAUGACUCCAAAAGGGCACAAAACCAACGACAAUCAUUUUACCUUGUCAUCUGCGGAGCAACCAGCUACACGGAUGGGGUUAUGUUUUCUGAUUUCAUCGGAUAUUGCAUGGCCCUGCUUGAGCAUGGCGUCGAAGGAGACUUCUUGUCAUGCUUUCCACUUGAACAGCACUUUACCUGGUUGCAAAACGAAAACAAUCCUCCAGUCGACGAAAUACGAUUUGGACGGUUAGAAGACGAAGAUAAAGCUGUCUAUACCUACUCUCGAGAUUCGUAUGUUAACGGUCAGUAUUGGUGGAUCCAAGUCCCUCCCAGUGAGCUUAUGGGACAGGUGCAAAGCUGGAUUCAGGAAAAGCAGCAACAAGCAGAGGCCGGUGACACGGUGAAUCUACUUCGUGAAUGUCCUGCGAACGACAAGGUUGAAUAUUGUAUUAGAGAUCGCCACAUCAGUAACUCGGCCUUUUGUGAUCUUCUUUCAGGUUUCAAGGAUGAGGUUCAAGUCAAUGCCAUUACAGGGAUGACGACUUUCGCUGCGUCAGCAACAGGAUCAGAUGUAGUAGAUCGGCAUUUGUUUCUGUCCAAUUGCUGGUCAAGAUCGAACUCCCGGGGGUUUCCUCGCAGACACAUCAGAUGGCGCACGCAUGACUAUGAGCCUAUGUCGAAAGCGCAUAUAAUGAUGAAUCUCGCAACUGAUAGGUAUGUCGAGCAGGCUGGCACUAGCGACUCUGUCGACGGAAUGGCUGCCGUGGAAGAACUCAUUCUCAGGGACAAGGUCGAUAUUCUCUACGAUCCUCGUGUCUGUGCUCGUCGUCGAUGGAUGGAAUUGCCUACGCAGGACCCUGAAAUCUGUAGCCAUCUUAAAUAG